AUGCGUUUCUUCGCCCUUACCGCCGUCACUCUCGUUUCCGUCGCCUCGGCAGACUUCACCUCAUACUGCUGUAACGGACUUCGGCCCCUCACAACGGGCGACAUUGCCUGGGCGUUGGAUGCCAAGAACGGCCGCACCGCCGAGAUGGGUAUCGCCGGAGGUGCCAUGUACAGCUCCCAAGUCGGCAUGUGCACGUUCAAUGGCACACAGCCCAUGGCUUGCGGCAAGUACAUUACAUCUGCCCGCACAUCUGACCGGGCCGGAACUAGGCUCAAGAACGGCUUUCUCUUUUGUGACGAUACGUCGUACAUGAAGACCAACCACUGGGAUUGUCCAUUUUGA